AUGCCGUCGUUACGCUCAUUUCUCUUGCCUGCGGCUGUGCUGCUGGGCGCUGCCCAACUUGCCUUGGGACAGACAACUACGGAUUGUAAUCCCUUAAACAGCACCUGCCCAGCGGACCCUGCUUUCGGGACAGACUACAAUUUCGUCUUCAAUGCCACUCCGGCCGAAGGAGCCUGGGAGAACCAUGUCGGCAAGGUCACAUACAGUGACGACGGCGCCGAGUUUACGAUCAACAAGCAGGGCGACUCACCCACUAUCCGCACAAAGUUCUACAUCUUCUUUGGCCGUGUCGAGGUGUGGUGGAAGGUCGCACCUGGCCAGGGCAUCAUCUCGUCCUUGAUGCUGCUGUCCGAUGACCUGGAUGAGGUUGAUUGGGAGUUUUUGGGCGGCGAUGGCAAGCAUGUCGAGACGAAUUACUUUGGCAAGGGCGUGGGCAACUAUACGUGGAUGCGCGAGUACGAGAUCCAGGGUGGCACUACCAGCGACUAUCACAACUACACCCUCGACUGGACGAACUCGAGUCUUUCCUGGUAUAUCGACGGUGAACAGGUGCGACAGCUGACGCCCGCGGAAGCCAAUAACACCUUGAGCUACCCCCAGUCUCCCAUGAGGUUAUCACUGGGAAUCUGGGCUGGCGGUGACCCCACAAUGCCCAAAGGCACGAUUGAGUGGGCUGGUGGUGAAACAGACUACACCAAAACUCCCUACUCCAUGUACGUCAAGAGCUGCCGUAUCACCGACUAUGGUCGCGGUACCGAGUACAAGUAUUCCGACAUGUCUGGAACUUGGCAAAGCAUUGAGGAGGUCGAAUCCGAGAAGAACUCAACUGCCGCGGAGGCCGUUAAUGCUGAACCCGAGAAGAGCGUUUCGGAGAAAUUCAACGAGCUUCCUACGGGUGCCAAGAGCGCCGUCUUUGCCUGCAGCGCUGCCGCUGCCGUUGGCCUGGUGGUCGCUUCAGCCUUCUACUGCUUCCGCCAGCGCAAGAGAGGCCAGCAGGAGGCGCAGAUGGCUGUUGCAAGGGCCGAGGAGGAGCGCAUGGAGAUGGAGCGAUACAAGGCCGCCGGUGUGAACCCAGACGGAUUCACCGAUGUUGCCCCGACCCCCAACGAGAAAUUCGGCGCGGCCGCUGCGUCCAGGCCGUUGCUGAACAACGGCGCCUCGGGCUCACCCCCUGGCACCCCACACGACGGCCAGAACCCUUACACGGAUGGCUUCUCGCCCCUGGGAUCCGGCAACGGAGGCUUCUCCUCAAACCCGCAUGCGGGUCGCAACGACAACUACUUUCGGUAG